AUGCCUCGUAUCCCCGCCCCCCCAAGGACCACAUACUGCCAGCACUGCAAGCGGCAGAGGGUUAAGUGCGAUCAGCAGUGGCCGACUUGUUCGGCAUGCCGUCGAGCCCACCUCGUCUGCCCUGGCCCUACAUCGAUGAUCAAGUCCGUACAUAACGGAAGUCAUACCGUGAAUGAUGAGACCGACGGCUAUAUCCUGCAAACGUCAGCCUCCUCCGCCCCUCGAGGUGGUGGGAAUGGCGAUGGACGGAUCAUCGCCGUCCGGCCUAGUUCACUUGUGAAAACGUACCAGAAUGGCUCCGUGGCUCGCUCAUUCCGUCUUGUCAACGCGAGGCCCUCCAUGACGCCUUCGGACCGGGUUGCGUAUCUCCUCGUAGCCAUGAUGAAUCUGGAUUCGGAGAGUGUGAACAUUGCUGGUAUUUUACUUGGCCGGCUCAGAGGGGUUCCUUCACGUCUGUCGGGCAGUGCCUGUCUGCGUGACGCUGUCGCCUAA